CCGCGCCCACCCCCCGCCGCCGCUUCUCCAGUCUUGCCGCCGCAAGCACCGCGGGGAGUCGCUCGCCCCUGGAGCAGGCCUGCUACCUCAGCCUUCCCAGUGUUGAGAUGAAAAGCGUGACCCACCCAUGCCUGGCAUUUCAUUCCUGCCCAUGCGCUGGCUGGCUGAUGUUAGCACUGGCCUGCUAACCUGUUUCAGGAGACACAUCCCAUUCUGGGUCCAGUCCCUGCGGGAAGCCACAACUUCCCGGUGGGGCUCUUCGGAAAUGGCCUCAGGGGUUCCCCCGCUGCUGCUGCUACUUCUGGGGUUGCUGUUGCUGCCGCUGCUGCCCGGACUCCCGCCCCGCGCCACUGGCUGUCCCGCCGCCUGCCGCUGCUACAGCGCCACAGUGGAGUGCGGCGCCCUACGGCUGCGUGUCGUACCACCGGGCAUCCCCCCAGGGACGCAGACGCUGUUCCUGCAAGACAACAGCAUCGCGCACCUGGAGCAGGGCGCCCUGGCGCCUCUCGCUGCCCUGCGCCACCUCUACCUGCACAACAAUACCCUUCGGGCGCUGGAGUCCGGCGCCUUCCGCGCACAGCCACGCCUGCUGGAACUGGCGCUCACCGGCAACCGGCUUCGGGGACUGCGCGGCGGGGCAUUUGUGGGCUUGGUCCAGCUACGCGUGCUUUACCUGGCUGGAAACCAGCUGGCGAAGCUGCUGGAUUUCACCUUCCUGCACCUGCCGCGACUGCAGGAGCUGCAUCUUCAAGAAAACAGCAUUGAAUUACUGGAGGACCAGGCCUUGGCUGGGCUUUCCUCCUUGGCCCUGCUGGACCUCAGCCGGAACCAACUGGGCACCAUCAGCAGAGAGGCCCUGCAGCCUCUGAGCAGCCUACAAGUCCUGCGCCUCACAGAGAACCCAUGGCGUUGUGAUUGUGCCCUUCACUGGCUGGGCUCUUGGAUCAAAGAGGGGGGCCGCCGGCUGCUGAGCUCCAGAGACAAGAAGAUCACAUGUGCAGAGCCCCCUCGCCUGGCGCUACAGAGUCUACUAGAAGUAUCUGGUGGUAGCCUCAUCUGCAUCCCUCCCUCUGUGAACGUGGAGCCCCCGGAGCUCACAGCUAACCUGGGGGAAGACCUGCAGGUAGCCUGUCAGGCAUCAGGAUACCCACAGCCCCUGGUGGUCUGGAGAAAGGUGCCCCAGCCUCGCGAUGGCAAACCUCAAGCGCAAGCCCAGCUGGAAGGUGGGACAUCGGGCCUGGGUGGGCAUGCGACCCGUGACACCGGCAGCGGCAUGCUCUUCCUCACCAACAUCACACUGGCUCACGCCGGCAAGUACGAAUGCGAGGCCGCCAAUGCUGGGGGCAGAGCGCGUGUGCCCUUCCAUCUCCUGGUCAACGCGUCCCGGCAGCAGUCACCGCAGCCACCCGCCCCGCAGGCCCCGGCUACACGCCCCGUGGGACACGAGCCCCGGCACGAGACGGGCAGCAUGGCCUUCCGUGCCCUGGGCCUAGCAACGCAGACGGCGAUCGCAGCGGCCAUCGCGCUGCUGGCGCUCACGGCGCUGCUCUUGGCUGCUAUGAUCUGCCGGCGCCGGCGCCGGCGGAAAAAGGUGCCUGCGCCGCCGGGGGAAGGCACACUAUUCGUCAACGACUAUUCAGACGGGCCUUGCACCUUUGCGCAGCUCGAGGAAUUCCGCGAUGAACGUGGACACGAGAUGUUCGUCAUUGACCGUUCCAAGCCCCUGUUCGCAGAGGUGCCGCCCGAGGAGCCGCCCGAACAAAACCCUCCUCCCGAGGGGCUCAUGUCUGGGCUACGCCUCCCUCCACGCGUCGCCUAUGAGAUCCAUUGCUAAGCCUGCCGCGCGGGUCAGUGACGUGGGCACUGGGGAUUGGCCGGUGCAGCCCUGCACAUGCUCAUUAGUAAAGUUGAAGCCGCGCUACA